AUGACAUCUCUGCGAAGGCACAAUCGCGACCGCCCAGUUGCGGCGGCCAUGAUACUCGUCUCUGUGAUAACGGCUAUCGCUCUCUUCCAGCAUGUCCCCGUAACGGCCUCGAGAGGUGCUGGGAAAGUGGAACUCCGCUCACGGGCCUUCCAAGAGCAGGCAGUUGGCUGCCGUGCGGUCCAUCGGGCCACCGAUCAGUGUGCUUUUGUACGGACCAAGUGUGAGGAUGAUGAAGCCGGACUCCUUCCAUACCUGACCUUCUACUACUGCACUCUAGGAGGAGCGCGACCUGUUGCUUUUGUUCUCCUCGCUACUUGGCUUGGUCUGCUGUUCACCACCAUCGGCAUCGCCGCCAGCGAUUUCUUCAGCGUCAAUCUUAGCACCAUCGCUACUGUGCUUGGUCUCAGCGAGAGUUUGGCCGGUGUCACUUUUCUUGCCUUUGGUAAUGGCUCGCCCGACGUCUUCAGCACGUUUGCUGCCAUGGGUUCCAAUAGCGGAAGCAUGGCUGUUGGAGAGCUGGUUGGCGCUGCUGGUUUUAUCACGGCUGUUGUGGCCGGCUCCAUGGCCUUGGUCCGCGAGUUCAAGGUCAGCAGGCGAACGUUCGUAAGGGAUAUCGUGUUUUUCAUUGUUGCGAUCAGCUUCACCGUGGUCUUCCUAGCCGAUGGCGAAUUGCAUCUGUGGGAGUGCUUCGUUAUGAUCGGCUAUUACAUCUUCUACGUCAUCGUUGUCGUUGGCUGGCACUGGUGGACCGCGCGCAGGAGAAGACAGCGCAUACUUGCUGCCGCCACUCAGUCGCAUCUCUAUGGUGUAUCUGGAUACGGAAGCGCGGAGCUGGAGCCUUAUCGCGAUGAGUUCGAGGAAAACGAUAAUGAAGCGGCCCCUAUGGCGGCUGGCCGUCUGCCGAAUAUCUCUGAGCCUGCAGACAUAACUGUACUGGAACUGGGUCCCCGUAUUGAGGUUGAUGGCGUGAGAACUUCUCCUGAGAGUCCGGAUGUUGAUGAUGAAGAACGAGGUCUUCAUGUUGCCGCUGAGAUGGCCAGCAGCAUGCGCGUCAACCGCCCUCGAUGGGCCAGGAACAACUCUACCAUCACACCCAUCCGACCCAGUCUUGUGGGUGUACUCGAGUUCCGACGAGUCGCGUGGCCGCUCAAGAGUGAAGUCCCUAUCACUCGAAAUGGGCUCAACCACUCAAGAUCGCCCCUUUUCGUCGGCGAAUUCCUCAUGGAUCGCACGUAUCGCCAGCCUUGCCCGCCCGGAGGCAUCGUCACAGCCUGGAACCCGUGCAAGUUCAGUCGCGCGGACAGUUGA